AAAGAAGAAAGAUUCUGGUUUGCAGCUUCCGUCAUUGAGAUUAUUGUCGUCUUUUUACUGAACGCUUUCACACUCGCCAUCUACACAAGAACCUGUCACCUGCGCAAGCGCAGUACAUUCCUGAUUAUAAAUCUUACUGUGACUGAUUUACUGGUGGGAGCAGUGGUUGGACUUUUGCCAAUACUAGAACCAGAUAACGAUAAGAGGGACCAGGAACAGGCUUUCAGCUGGCAAUCAUUCGUGUAUUGGACAUUGACACACCUAUCCCCAGUUGCUUCGUUAGCUAAUAUUUCACUUAUCUCGUUAGAGAGGUUACACGCAACAGUUUUCCCCUUUAGGCAUUGUCUUGUUGGAAAACGUGUUUACCUCACGAUUAUUUUGUGCAGUUGGUCGUUCGCCUUAACUUUAUCAUCUGUGAGCGCUCUUCUUUAUUUGCGCACAUCGCUAGCGUUUCUGUAUGCAUUUGCAACUUACACUUUCCUUAUUGUUGUAAUUAUCACACUUUCAAAUGUUAUAAUCAUCUCAACUGUAAAAAACAAUCCCCUCUCCCCUAAUGCUGGACCAGCUCUUUCAACAGAAAGGAAGCUGACGGUGACUUUAUUAAUAGUUACUGUAGUCUCUUUUCUGACCAUUCUGCCUUGGGUAAUUUGGAAUGUUAUCGCCCACCGCAUAAUUAAGAGUCAAUUAUGUCCUGCAGUCUUUUUCCGUAUCAGUAAGUCGUUUUUUGCACUGUAUCUUUUCAAUUCUAUGGUUAAUCCCCUAAUAUAUGCAGUAAGAAUGCAAGAAUUUAGGAAAGCAGCCAGAAAACUU